AUGUACAGUCGGUCGGUGACGCUCGAACUCUCAGUCACCAAUGAUCGAACAGGACAGCCUUCCAAAAGUCUCCAUAUAUCAAUUUUCCACUCCCAGCUUCUUUCCUCCACUUUCAACUUUAUCCUAUUCAUAAUAGUUAUCACCUUGCCACCACCCGCCAUGUCCAGCACUUCACAAAGCGAUACGGAGAUCUCGACGCCUAUAAGGUCCAUCAAUGAUGACCAGUUUACUAUGGCUUCCUUCAGGGCCCUCCAGUGCGAGGAAGAGCGCCGACUUCUGGACGUUGUAGAUGAUAUGCGACGCCGUGGACUCAAUGGCACCAUUGAGCUACCCCAACUCGUCGUUUCCGGCGACCAGAGCAGUGGCAAGAGUUCAGUCCUCGAGGCUAUCACCGAAAUUCCUUUCCCCCGGAACGAAGGGCUCUGCACGCGAUUCGCCACUGAGAUCGUACUCCGUCGUAGCCCAGCAUCAACUAUUGUCGUAAAGAUAAUUCCUAGCAAAGGCGCCUCGCCCCAAGAGCGAAAGAAGCUGGAGGGAUUCCAAUCGAGCAUCGAAGAGUUCAACCAUCUACCUGAGGUGAUUGAAGAUGCUACGGCGAUGAUGGGCUUGGGGAAGGUUGACCGGCCUGGCUGCCAAAAGUUCUCACAGUCGGCUCUUCAAGCCGCAAAGGAGGAACUGGGCCGUAUCAUAACCGACAAGGAUAUCAUCAUGACCUAUAAUCCUUCUUUUACUUCAGAGAUCCAGAAGCAGCGCCAGACGAAACACGCAAAGAUUGCACAGAGGGCUACCCACAAAGCUACCAUCGCAAACUUCGUGCCAGGCUCCACGCGCACCAGCGCCAAUGUAAUCCGCCUCCAACAAGCCAUGGCGAACAACAUCGAGCAAAACCAGGACAAGUUCUCUGCCGAAGAAGCCCUGGACUAUACUAGGGCGUAUUACAAGAACGCGCUCUCACACUUUGUCCAUAGCGUUGUUGUGCAUGUCAUCGAGCGUCAUCUCGUCAAGGAUCUGCCAGAUACGAUUUUCAGCUUGGUCAAGGUGAGCAAGAUGACGGACCAGGAGGUUAGUUUCGUUGCUGCAGAGCCUAAAGCCACGACGCUGCGGCGGAAUCAUCUUGAGGAGAAGAAGAAGAUGUUGCAGAAGGGGCUGGAUACGUUCAAGGAGGCUAUGGGCGGUUUGAAGCUCUAG